ACGUGCUGUCAGUGGCAUUCCAGAGUGGGAUUCUGUACCCUAAGAACCGUGAGAACAGCUACUUGUUUCUCUACUUGUCUUCUCAGAUAAAUGUGGAAAAUUCUUUUCCCCCAGGUUCAUUGAGAUGUAGUUGCCACAUAACAUUGUAUAAGUCGAAGUUGUGCAGCGUGGUGAUUUGAUACACGUAUAUUGCAAAACCGUCCUAAGGUUCAGAAAGUCCUUUCCUUGACCGAUUCUAACAUGUUCAAAGGAUGUCGUGCCGAAAUAGGACAAGGGAGAUGUCCCAGUUUCCGGUACUCUGGAACCUGUUCUGUGCUGUUGUGGUUAGCAGUGGUCUUCUUACUUACGUGGAUCCACAGACGGCGAAUUCUCCCCGUGAAUCUUAACGUUCUGCAAGUUGCGUAUUCACGUUUGCCAGCAGUGCACCCGCUCUGGGAGAGCGUGGACCUGGUCCCGGCGGGCGAGCGCCAGUCGCCCAUCAACAUCCGGUGGAGGGACAGUGUCUAUGAUCCUGGCUUAAAGCCGCUCACCAUCUCUUACGACCCGACCACCUGCCUCCACGUCUGGAAUAACGGGUACUCCUUCCUCGUGGAAUUUGAAGAUUCUACAGAUAAAUCAGUGAUCGAGGGAGGACCCCUGGAACACAACUACCGACUGAAGCAAUUCCAUUUUCACUGGGGGGCCAUUGAUGCUUGGGGCUCCGAGCACACUGUGGACAGCAAAUGUUACCCGGCAGAGCUGCACUUGGUACAUUGGAAUGCAGUCAAAUUUGAAAACUUUGAGGAUGCCGCACUGGAAGAAAAUGGUUUGGCUGUGAUAGGAGUAUUUUUAAAGCUAGGAAAACAUCACAAAGAGCUGCAGAAAUUGGUGGAUACUUUGCCAUCAAUCAAGCAUAAGGACACCCUUGUGGAAUUUGGGUCAUUUGAUCCUUCCUGCCUGAUGCCCACCUGCCCAGAUUACUGGACCUACUCAGGGUCCCUGACUACCCCGCCCCUCUCCGAGUCUGUCACCUGGAUCAUUAAGAAGCAGCCCGUAGAGGUUGAUCACGAUCAGCUUGAGCAGUUUCGGACCCUGCUCUUCACUUCGGAGGGGGAGAAAGAGAAAAGAAUGGUGGACAAUUUCCGCCCCCUUCAGCCCCUAAUGAAUCGCACUGUCCGCUCUUCCUUCCGUCACGAUUAUGUACUGAAUAUACAAGCGAAACCCCAGCCUUCAACUAGCCAAGCAACUCCCUAAGACAUUCAUAUCUAGGCAGUACUUUGCUUUAAUGAAUACAUACUAGCUUUUUAGAGAUUGCUGAUUGGACUGUUCUAAACGCCUACAUUUAAUAAUAAUUGUAGAUGCGCAUUUCUUGGUGUGGCAGUGCUCCUUUCAGUCUCUGAAGAAAGCUCUUUGGUAAAGAAGUUCUUAACUUUUACUGAUAAUGAUGUUUAACACUGACGUGGCAGUAAGAGACACAAGUUUGUCCUUCAGCAACCUGUUGGUAAUCGUAAUGUCUUUUUAUGUCCUAUAUUUCUGAGUUGUCUUAUGUUUAUUAGUUGUCUUUUUAUGUUUAUUAGUAACUCUAUAGAGUUGUAAGUAGUGAUGGUAAUCAAAAUAUUUAACACUGGUAAGGUGCAGACACUGACUAUCCAGAAUGCAGGCCUUUCAGAAAUGGUCCCAGCGCCCAAACUGGUACUUCCUGGCUAGCUGAACAUUGGCCAUGGUUUUAGGGAUAUUUUAUUUCAAAAUCUGAAUGUAUAUUCUUUUCUAAAGCCUUCUCAACAAGUAUAUUUGCCUGAUCUUUAGUUGUUAUCCCUAGUACAUGAUAUGCUUACUAUCAAUUUAUGACAUAGAAGAAAAUAUUUUGUAGUUCUAAGAAAAUAAGAAUUUACUUAUAACAGGGAAUCCUUUUGCACUUCUGAAGAUCAAAUAUUUUACCUCAAGACCUGAUCAUAUAGAAAGCAUAUACAGAGCAUUUUAAAGAAAAUGCUUGAAGUUCCUAGAAUUUAAAAUUCUUUCAUGCUUUAUUUACAGACAUCGUUUUCAAAAGACUAGUAAUAUAAUAGUCUAUAGUGUUAUUUUGCAUUGUUUGUACACUGUUUCAUAGAAUAUAAUAUUUUCCACAAUGACAGAACUAUCAUGGCUUUCCUUGAGAACUGCCUGACCUUUAUUUCAUGAGUUGAGGUUCUGUGCAAGGCAGGUGCUCAACAUAAAUCUCCCAGUUAAUAUAAUGGUUUAAAUGACUUCUGCUACAGUAAUAAGGAGAGAAAAUUAACAGGCUAAAAUCUAGAGAAUUCUACAUAUUUGGGGGAAUCCAUGCCAUUGUUGCCUUUGCUUGUAAAUACCUUGGAAUGUUUCUAGUUGCCUAUAAGCCUGUGUUCAAACUCAAUAUUGAAUUUACUAGUGGUCUUUCUUUCAUUAGUAUGCUAGUCAUCUGAUCUGCAAGGUAGGGUUGGAUGAGUAGACUUGACACUACUAAACUAUACAGUGAAAAAGUUUAAGAUGGUAAAUUUUAUGUGUAUCUUACCACAGUUAAAAAUAAAUAAUACAUUCAGUAGAA